CGGAUGGAGCGGAGCGGUCUCACGCCGAACGCCGUCACGUACUCGACACUCAUCCACGGCUGCGGCCGCGCCGCGCAGCUCUCGCGCGCUUUCCCGCUCCUCGAGCAGAUGGAGGCGGCAGGGCUGCCCCCAAACGUCGUGACGUACGGCACGCUCAUCGCCCGCGCGGGCACCUGGCGCCAGCCGCGGCUCGCGACCGCCUACUACAAGGACAUGCAGCGGCGCGGCAUCGAGCCCGACACGCUCACGCACAACUCGCUCAUCAAUGCGUUCGCAAAGCUGCGGGCCGUCUUCGCCGUCUUCGGAGAGAUGCGCGCCUCGGGCGUCUCGCCCGACCGCGCCGCCUUCAACGCGCUCGUGCACGCUUGCGCGCGGGAGGGAGACGUGCCUCGCGCCGAGGGCGCGUUCGGCGAAAUGGUAGCGGCGGGGAUCGGCCCCGACGCCAUCUCGUACACGUGCUUGCUCAAGGCCUGCGCCGUCGCGGGCGACCACGUGCGCGCCGAGCGCAUCUGGGUCGAGAUGCAGCAGCGCACCAACCACUACUCGACCUACACGCCGCCCACGCCCCACUCGUACGCCCACCUGAUGGCGGUGCAGCGGCGCGCGGGCAACGCGUCGCGGACGCUGCAGCUGCUCGAGGAGCUCCGCGCGUCGGGGCUCACGCCCUCGACGGUGCACUACUCGCUCGCCCUCCGGGCGUGCGAGCAGCACCGCGAGCUGCCAAACAGCCUGCAGCGCGCGCUCGCCCUCUACUCGCAGAUGCGGGCGCAGGGCCUCCGGCUCGACUCGCGCGGCCUCCUCGCGGCGACCCGCCUGUGCGACGCGCAUGGCCGACCCGACCUCUCGGCGCGCCUGAGGCAGGAGCGCUCGAUGGACCUGCCAUUCGGCGGCGCCGGGAGGCAACGCCGCAGUGGCGGCAACAGUUGA